ACUAGUCGAUUCCGUUAUCUUCAAAGUCAACAAAAGAUAACAACAGGAGGAGAGGACCUCAAAUUCCAGUGAGUAAUUUCUUUUUUGUACAUUUUUCGAAGGUAAAAAGAAAAAGAAAGACAGGAAGUGGGGGUUUUAAGUCAUUGUGUUCUGGAAAUUUGCGGAUGAAUGAGUCAAUUCAACACAUUUGGAGAGGACCGGAAUCACGAAAAGCAUAUCAACUUCUAGAAUUCUUAAGUAAAUUUGAUUGUGGAGACUUUUUUAGAGUUCAGUUUACAGGUAACGGGUUUAAAUGCCAGGAUGGCUGACUUGGUCAACAGAUGAAACGCAGAGUUUUGCAAGCGAAUGAGAAAAGUCAAACAAACAUUGUUUUUAAGUAAAUCUAUAAAGACUCUUAAAUUCCUUUUCAAUCUCUCACAAAAUUGUUUUUAAGUAAGUCUAUAAAGACACUUAAAUUCCUUUUGAAUCUCUCACAAAUGUACAAUUCGCCUUCCUUUAAUUUUCUUGCAACCAUUAACAUAUCUUCUUCUUUUUUAACCAUUUUCUAACAAACUGUGAUUUUCCUUUUUCUCCAUAACAAAAACAAGAUAAAUAAAAAACAAAUUUUUUCUUGCAACCAAAUAUACGCGCACGUGAAUGAAAUGCAACAUUAAGGUCUUAAAAAUACACUCUGACACCCCCCAGAAAAAGAAUGGUACUGUAUUAUUAAAUAAUAGUAGUAUGAUUGAAUGUUAAGAGACAGCUGUAGCUCUAUCAUCAUCAGCUCUGAAUUUAAGAAAAAAAUUCAACGAUAUAUAUCAUCAUGAAACAAUGAAAGCCCAUUUGCUAGAUGACCGGAGAUCCAAGAAAAAGGAAAGUUAAGGCCCAAGUUGGGUCCAUUGACGAAUAUACACAUCCCGAGUAUGAUCAAUGAAACUUUUAUCGCUGGAACGGAAAUUGAAAGUUGAAAAAAGUAGAUAUACAAUCAUAAUACAUAUAAGAAAGAGUGUGUGGAAAAAGCAAACAAUAGAAUUGCAUCUCAUCAUUAUGCUCUUGCUUUAUUUAGCAAACCUUUUUCUUUUGUUCAUUGAUCCUUCCUCCACACAUUAAAGCAGAAAAAUAUACAUGUUGUAGUAGUACUGAACUUAACUAACUAAGCAAAAAUGGGAGUUUCAUCUCCUGAUUUCCGAGCUCCUCCUCCCUCACCCGUGGCAUCCAGCCGCCGGUCCUCCUUCACCGCCAAUGAAGACGUCCUCUCCGAGUUCUUGGAUAAGUGUGGUCGAGUCCCAAAUCUUGUAUUGCCCGACAAAGUCUUCCCCAAGCACAGAUUCCUUCUGAACCCUCCCACCUUUGAUUUCCUACGGUUAGGCUCCUCCUCGCCCCUCCUCAUGGAUGCCAUCGACACCAUCGGUUGUUUUCAGCUCAUCAAUCACGGUGUUCCCGAGACUAAGGUGAGAGCCGCCGCUGACAAAAUCAUUUUCCAAGAUGAGACAGAGGAGUUCGUUUUUUAUAAAGAUGUCGAUGAUGCUUGUAAUUCAGAUUUGAGGGAGUUGAUGGGCGAGGCAGAGAGGAUAGGGAAGGCGAUAAGAGAAAAAUUAGGAGGGAGAAGCCAAGAGGAAGAAGAAGAAGAAGAAGAAGAGGAAGAAGGUGUAGGGGUUUGCUACGUGAAGAAGCAUAAUAGCCAAAUCGAAUCACAAGGGUGGGAGGAGGAAGAAGCCAUAAGGAUGCUGAUAAGAGGGUAUGAUGAAAGACAUUCUUUGUGCCUCAGCUUCUGCCAUGCAGAGUUCCAUGUCUAUUCCAAGAGAGGUUGGUUCUCAUUCUCCCCACGUCCAGAUGCGGUCGUGGUGACGGUUGGAGAUCAAGGCUGGAGCGGGAGGUUUAAGGCUGUUGUGGGGAGACCUCUUCUUCAUAGAUCAGCUCAUGCAUCUCUUCCUCGCAAUUUCGUUUCUAUCUCCUUCCUCUACACUGCUGCUGCUGCUGCUGCUGCUGCUACUACUAGAAGUGAUGCCGCAAGAAUUACUCAUCAUCAUCAGAAGAAUACCAUUUCCAUCUACCAACAGCUUUUUUUUGCUCUCAUUCUCACACUCAUCAUCCCUUUCUUCUUUACUUGACCAUUUCACACUUCUUGUUUCCCUUUUUUAUAAUUUCUUUUAUAAACAAGUGUGUCAGGCUCAUUUUAGCCUCUUUUUUUGUCACGAUUUAGCCUUUUAUCCAUCAAUGCAAUAUUCCAUGCCCAACCAUCUUUUACU